AUGAUGGUAGUAGGUCUAGCAGUACACUCCGCCGGCGCGGGCUACGGCAGCGGCAGCGGCAGCGGCAGCGGCAGCGGCACCGUGAGCGUUUCGGACGUCCAACUUCGCCAAAUUCAGCAGUUGACGCAACGCGUCGGCUCGACGCUCGCGAGCAAGGACGCCGAUGCUGCUUAUAAAGAAUACGCCAAAGUUAAGGAUCAUGUAGCCUUGUGUCGGGCCCUGUUGCGCAACUCCACACCCGCGCCCGGGCCGCUGGGGCAGGCGACCGGGGCGGCGACGGCGUGGGCGGAGGGAGGCCGCGGACCGUCACGGGAGUCCUCGCUUGAGGUGCCGCAGAGCCCUGCGUCGAUAUUGACUCGGUCUUCGUUUAGCGGGAGGAAUCUUUCGGAAGUGACGACCGGCCAGAGCGCAGGUUCACGUCCGAUACGUGAGAUUUGCCUGUCUGUCGUCCGCGACUGGAAGGGAUGCAUCGAGUCGCUGAUCGAGGCGCUCGAGCUCUCGCUGUCAGAGACGUACCGGAACUACGAGCCCGACGCCACGCCGAGCAUGGUGAAGUCGCUCUUCAAAGAUAAGGCUUUUCGCGCCGCCGCGAUCCAGCAGAUGAGGAGGGCUAGCAUCGUCAAGACGUUCUCGCCCAGCCCAGACUUCUUCCCGCUCUACGACAUACGCUUCAGGAACCACGACCGCGCGAAGCAGGAUCUCGUCGAGCUCACGCGGGUUCUGCAGCUGGGUGAAUCGGGCGUCACGGACAAGAGGCCGGUGAAAGACCUCGACGUCGCGCCGCGCGGGGACGCCGUUCUCGAGUUUGCGAAUAUCGGAGGAGCCGAUGACGAGGCGAAGGAAGCGCUGCCUGUGCUGCGGUACCGCGUCUCAUCGUUUUUGUUAGCCGAGACGUCGCCCAUUUUCGAGAGGAUGUUCACCGAGCACGCGCACAUUGAGGUCCACGACGACGAGGACCUGACGGACCAGCUCGCGCCGCCGCCGACGGCGUAUAUCUGCCCCGACGGCACCGAGGCGAAGCUCUACCGCAUGCCGCAGCGCGAAGGCGACCGCGAGCAGGCGCUGACGAUCCUCCUGCACGCGGCGCACAUGCACAAUGACCAGGUCCCGCGCGAGGUGACGUUUGAGCAGCUGGUCGCCAUCGCGGAGGUGUGCCUGCGGUACCGGUGCACGUCGCCGCUGGAGCUGUUUGUCGAGCACCGGUGGCUGCCGCAGUGGAUCCACCGGGGCAGCGAGGCGAUGCCGCGGGGCUGGUUGCUGAUUAGCUAUGCUUUCGGGUUCCGGCAGCUGUUUACGCGCAUGUCCAAGACGGCGAUUCUGAACCUUGUGGACGAGGACGAGUUGGAGGGGAUGGUGGCGUGGCCGAGGCGGAUUAAAGAGAAGAUUUGGGGCGUUAGGGGGGCGAAGAUGGCGCAGGUUGAGGAGUGUUGCGUGAGUACGAUUCGGGAGUAUUUGAGGCCGCCUUGUGGUGCUGUUGAGGGUGGUGGUGGUGGUGCUGCUGUUCCGCCACCGGGCUCAAAUUCGUCUUCCGCUGAAGUAGCGUCCGCGUCCACGACGAAUACGGCUGCCAACUCGGCUUUGAUGUUCACCAGCACGCCCAGGUGUCCCAAGGGGAGCCACAGCUGCGACGCGACGAAUCUGGGUUGGCUGAUGCUCCUUUACGGCGAGCUCGAGCUUCUGCCCACCAUCAUGAACCAGUCAGUUCUCGGGCACCUGGCAGCUGGCUCCCAGCAGCAGCAAUACUCACCACCCCGUCGCAGCCUGGCGCAGCUCGUCGACUUACUGCGGACCAUUGCCAGUCCGCCGCUGGCGGUUCACAAGGGCGGGGUAUGCGAUCCCGUGCCGGCGUUUCGCGCGGCAAUUAAUGAUAUCUAUAACAGCGUUUCUGGGUUGACGUUACACGAUGUCAGUGGACGAGCUCACGGUUGGGGCCUAUCCAGGCACCAGUCUACGCAGCCGCAGGCUGGGCAAGAGCAGGACCAGAAACGGGGCAAGGUUCUCGAGAGAUCCGACACGGCACGAUUGUUGAUCUUGGAGAGGUGCGUGGAUAGCGUGGAGGAUCUGCGUGCGGCGGCGAUGGUGAAUCGGAGGUUUUACGAGACGUUUCGGGAGAACGAGGGGGCCUUGAUGGGGAGGUUCGUCGGGGACGCGAGGUUGAGGACGUUGAUGAAGUUGACUUCUAUGGAUGUUGUCGCGGCGGGGGAGAAUAAGGUGCCCAAGGGGGAUGCGGAUGCUAUGAAGGCGGAGGCGGAGGCUGUUCAGGGUGCUGUCUCUGACAAUGAUUUGGGAAAUGAGCUGGUUCGCACGCAGGGUACGGAUGAGAAUGUGACGGGUGUAUUCUUGGCGGUUCCUUCGUCGCCUGGGCGUGGGCCUGGGAGAGGCGGCGAUGUGUCUGCGUUUGAUGAGAGCUCAGAGGACGAGGGCGAGGUGUUGGGCGAGGAUGAGGCGAGGCGGAUAUUGUGGCCGGCUGAGGUGAUGGUCUUGCCUGCCCGGGCGUCAUCUUCUUCGCCACGGCGGCUGCCAUUACAGCCUCUAAAGCCCAGGCCCGGGUCCGGAUCCGGGUCUGACAUAGUGACGGAGAAAGGGGUAAUGAGAGAAAAGUUCCGGGUUGGUGACGCUGCGUUUGUGGAGGAGAAGAUGUUGUUGGAGGGAGAGGACAAGCAUCUUAGAGACGAGCGGGAUAAGAGGGUUGGACUUUUGCCAGGGGAUGGGUGA